AGACAGAGGCUGGUAGAGAGAGAGAGAGAGAGAGAGAGAGAGAACGCUUUACCGCAGUAUCACUACAUUUCUGCAUCACUCAUCAAAACUCUGCGGCAUGCUAACUAGAUCUGGGGGAGGGCAGAUACCGGGUUUGUGCUGAGUGUAGUGUCAACACCACCGUCGUUUAGUAUAGAUUGACUGUAAUUAGAUACAGUAACACGGAGCCGCCGGAUAGUUCAUCCUUUUCUUUCAAACAGCUCGUCAUUUGUGCGCUCGCUAACGACUUUCUGCAGCCUAUCUGACUAAAAUAUUUCACAUCUCACCAAAACGCCUAUUACAUUAGGUUAUAACUCCCGGUAACAGUCCGUGGAUUAAACAAAUUUAGCAAAAUGGCAAAGGAUGCUGAGAAGAGCACUUGGAAGGACUUCAUAUGGAACUCCAGGACCCGAGAAUUUUGUGGCAGGACAGGGAGCAGCUGGGGCCUCAUCCUGCUCUUCUACCUAGUGUUCUACAUCUUCCUAGCAGGCAUGUUCUGCCUCACCAUGUACGUCAUGCUGCAGACCUUGGAUGACUACAAACCCACCUGGCAGGACAGGCUUGGCACACCAGGCAUGAUGAUCAGACCCAGGGGAAAGGCGAUGGAGAUCACCUACAACACCACCAACACUGAGACCUGGGACAUGUACAUCAAGACACUGGACAACUUCCUCUCCUCCUACAACAACUCUCUGCAGGCUGAGAAGAAUGAAGAGUGCACACCGGACCAGUACUUUGUUCAGGCAGACAGUGGUGAUGUGAAGAACAACCCCAAGCGCUCCUGCCAGUUCAACCGCACCAUUCUAGAGAAAUGCUCUGGCCUCGAUGACCAUACCUAUGGAUACCAGGCUGGCAAACCAUGCAUCAUCAUCAAGCUGAACCGGGUCAUUGGUAUGUUGCCAGGAAAGGAUGGCCAGGCUCCAUUUGUCACCUGUGGAGCAAAGAGGUACAAAGUUGGCAAAGAUGAAUGGAAAGAAGAUUCUGAUAAGAUUGGAGAGGUGGAAUACUACCCUGAAAAUGGCACCUUCAACCUCAUGUACUACCCUUACUAUGGCAAGAAAGCUCAGGUGAACUACUCCCAGCCACUGGUUGCCAUCAAGUUCCUCAACAUCACCCUCAACGAAGACAUCAAUAUCGAGUGCAGGAUCAUCUCCAACAACAUUCCUCCUGGGACUCUAAGAGACAAGUUUGCGGGGAAAGUGUCUUUCAAACUGAGGAUCAACACUAAAGGCUAGAUGUACAUUCUCUUUCUCUCACUAACAUGUCCACCCACCUCUACAUUCUGUACACAGGUACACACACACACACACACACACACACACACACACACACACACACACACACACACACACACACACACACACACACACACACACACACACACACACACACACACACACACAGGGACAGAUAACAGAAUUAACACCCUACGUUUGUCGAAUAGAAUAUGUUUACAACUUCAGUUUACCCUAGAUGUCGGGCAUUGUGUGUCCAGUGGAGUGAUGAUGUCAGAAUGGUGGAGUUAAACGGGUGGUAGUUCUGUCUCUGUUUCUGUGUGUGGGCUUUGAUUCUUUUCUGUAAAUUAGUUUGAGGUGAAGUCUAUUUAUACUGCAUGACUAACUAGGGGAUAUAGUGGACAUAAACAUGUAUGAUUUCAAAGUUUGCAAGGAGAAGCAACGCCUCUUACCAGUUUACUGUUGCUCCUUCAUCGCUGCCUCCCUAUAGAGUGCCCCUCUAUAUACAAAUAUACACAAAAUACAAUACAAAACGUGUAUAUCUAUUUAUAUAUCAUAACCUUAUAUCAGUAUGUCUAUUUUGUUGCGCUUAAAAAUAAUCCAACAGCUAAAACAUAUGAUGAAAAAACAUAUUUUUGUGGAUGAAUGGAGAGAUGGAGACAUUUUGCAUGUGUGUAUUGUCUUUAGAGCCCUAAGAAGGCGCGAGGCCCCAUGUCUCAGCUUUCUGCUCUGCUAUGUGGGAAUUAUAAACAAGGCUAUGUUAAACUGCUGGCCACCAGGAGGGACCACGCUGCACUCUGCAGUGAUCAUCCAAUUUAACCCAUAAGAAGAUAGCAUCUCCAACAUGGGGAGUUACAGAGGUCAAGACCUUUGAGUCUGUGUAUGUGUGUGCGUAUGUUUGUAGGUGUGUGAGUAUGUACUGUACGUUUGUUUGUAUGACCAAAUUCCAUUUUGCAAGACAGAAUGCAUACUGUAGGUCGGGAAGUUGCAUAUGCAAUGUGCAAUAUUAAUUAAGAGUGACACAUCAUGCACAUUCUACACAUUAAACAGGACUCUUUUGUCAUAAACACUUGAAUUGCACAUGGUCAUAAAUCGGAUUAGGCUUCCAUAACAUGAAUAUACACUACAUUGUUCUUACAUGGUUUAUGUUCACAUCUGUGUUCCUACAGCUCAAGGCUUAGGGCUAGUUUGUUUGUUCAUAGUUUUUUGCAUGUACAUCGCAUCUAUUGUUCCAACAAAUAUCAGAAAGAGAUGCUGUUCUUCUAUUUUGUAUUGAUUUGCACUGGUUUGUGUUUUUCUAUGAAGACGAGAUGCUUAUGGUUCUUUGGAGAAGGAAAAAUAGAGCGUUUGUUUUGUUUCUACGUUUGUUUAAAUGUAUAUUCAAACAUGUCGUACCAAUGUAUUCAGUUGUACAUGACUUGUUACUGCUGUAAUAGUGCAUCUCAGUUUGAAGGCUGUGUCCAACAUCUGAUUACAUCGGCCAGAAUGUCUGUAAGGCUGGUUUGGUGAUAACGGUAACCUGUUUGAUUUAUUUUUAUUUUGGUAGGAUUCUCUACCAUUACUUUGCUUUGAAAAGGGUGCAACAGACCAACCAACCUUGUAGUUGGAGGCUGUACUAUAACUAAAAGCACCUACAGUUGAGCAUGUGCAAGAGCGUUUAUGAACUUGCUCUAGAAUAAUGGUCAAUGUGCUGGCGCACAGAUGCCCUGGAUGUGCUGCUGACUUGGGGCUGGAUUCAAUCCAUAACGCUAAACUUCGGCAUACAGAUUGAAUCCAGCCCUUGACUCGGUACACAUAAUGAGAAAAACCAGUUGAGGAAUCUAUGGAUCUGAGCGAGUGCUGCGGAACACUGGCUGUGACAUUGUGGCAAUGUGACUCUGAUCCUGCUUCAACGUCAUAGCGACACUUUUAGAACCCUAGCAUCUGUUCACUCAGCUUAAAGGUUGGGUUGACUUUUAGGACCUUUCUUCGCUCAGUUAGUAUAAGGUGUAUAUCAAUCCAUUUUCCUUCAUUUUGGUUGAAGUUGCACCUCAGUAAUAUCAUCAUCAUGAAGACUUGACAGUAUAAUAAUAAUAAUCAGUAUAUAAAUAAUCUGUUUUGUUUGAUAGCUGUAUAAUACACGUUGAGGAUUGACUGAACAAAGUCAAUUGACUCCAUGCUAAACAUCCAUGUUGCGUGUGGCCUACCAAUAGUCCUUGUUUUUGACAUUGUGAGACAAUGGAGUGAACAGGGCUACUUCCUCGUUAGCAUUCCUGCUCCACUCAGUCUGUUUCGCAUGCUGAGAUUUCACUGUAAUCUCUUAAUCUGGUUUGAUAAUCUAGAGCAGGUACUUUAUCCUCUCUUUGUAGUUCCUCCUUCUUGUGUCAACCCCCCCCUUCUCUCUUUUGUCCACACACACACACACACACACACACACACACACACACACACACACACACACACACACACACACACACACACACACACACACACACACACACACACACACACACACACACACACACACACAGAGAGAAUCAUCCACCCUUUCUGUUAAAAGAUGUCAGGUGAGGAAUGACUAUGGUAUGUGCUUGGUUCCACAGUUACUUUAAGGUCUAUAUUAUUAUUAUCAUGGUUUUAUCCAUGUGACCCAUGUAUUGCCAUGUUGUAUCACAAGAUGUUUUGUCCCAUGAGCCCAUUCCAUUCACAAUUCAAUCUACAAGUAAAUGUGUAUCCAUGGUGUGUAUCCAUGGUGUGUGUAGCCACACAAAUACAUAUAUGUGGAUAUAUUCCAAUUGUAAAAUGAAUGCUUUUCUUUUCUGCCUACAAAAAAGUAGUCCUGCCACAUUCCCUCCAACCAAAGAUAUUCAUGAUCAUUUUAACAGUAUGAAAUAAUCGUGCUGCAACUACAAACCACAGAUCUCUAAGAGAAAGGGUUUAAUUUAUGAAGGAUGAAGGAAGUCCUAUUCUUAUAUAAACGCUACGCACAGAAGGAGCAGGUUUCACUAAAUAACAACAGUGCCUCCUGGUGGGUGGACAGAUGUGUUGUUCCCCAAUAUCGCCGAAUGUUAUUUAAUGUUAUCUCCUUAUAUCCGUUUUUAUAUGAUCAUUUGGAGAUGUCUUUAAAAAGCAAUAUAUUUAUUUCCUGUGUUGCUGAUGAUGUUUUUAUUCUUGGAAUGGCUGUAACAAAUUUAUAGUAACUUUAAUCAUCAAGAGAGUGAGGAAGAAGACAGGAAGAACAUGUAAAUAUUAUGUUCACAAAUAGAUAUACAGUUAUAAGUCUGCCAAUGCACAUCUUCAAGAUUGAACAAUAGAAACACUUAAAAGUUUUGUUUUCAAAAGAGAUAAAGUAUUUUUAUUGUUAUUUUGUUGUAAAGAGGAGAUUAUGUAUUAGCUUUGGAUUGUAAUAAGACAGGGGUGCUACCUGGUAGGUGUUUGACCUGUAAACUCUUGACUCUGGUUGAACACAUACCAAGUAUGGUUGAAUGUAGAACAUGUUUUUUUUUUGGUUACCUUCUUUCUCUAUUUUGUUUUCAACCUUACAGUAUUGAAUGUUUGCAAUGAUGAGCGCUCCACUCUUUCUCAGUCAUUGUCUACUGAAUACUCUUUCAGAUGAACAGUGCAUGUCUUUAUAUGGGCCACAGUAUGAUGAGAUGAAGGAGGGUAUCAUCUUGGUUUGAUCAGUUACACUGAUUCAACAGAAAGAUGCAUAUUUACAGUAACUGCAAUGGAUUUAUCCUCAAACAGCACAAUACUCGCCUGUGACCACUGCAUGUGGCAAACUAGUGUGAACUACCUAGUUGUUUCAAACUCACUUCUGAAGCAGCAAGUCACAGCUUUUCACGAAGGUCCACCCUGAAAAGAACAGCAAACGUAUCCCUGAUUUAAGACUAUCUUGAAUCAGACAGAUCAUUCAAAAUGAUCUAAGGCAGAAAUCCUUUGAAACACAUUGGGAUAGUCUCACCCAAAAAUGAAAAUGGCUGAUAAUUCUAUUCUCUUUGGAUCUUUUUUUGCUGUUAUUGUAUUUAUAUAUAUUUUUUGCUCAUGUUCGUUGUAAAAAAUGAUAGAGAAAUCAAUAAACGUGAUUGAAAGAAACACAA